CCAUCUCCAUCUGCGCGCCUGGCUUGCACGGGUUAACCGGGUGCCAGCCCUCGCGGAAGCACCUCUUCCCCGCCCUCCUUCUCUCGCAGCUUCCCCGCCCUCCGGCCCUGCUCGCCGGCUGCUUCUUUUAGCCUUCCUCCGCAGCGCUUUGCAAGCUCGCCGGGCUAUGGCGUUGACGCGCGCCCAGCGCUGCCUGGUGCAGGUGCUGCGCUGCUUCUCGCGCGCCUUCCUGGCGCUGCUCAGCCUGUCGCUGCGCGUCUCCGCCUUGCUGCGCUGGAAAGCCAAGGGCGCCCGCGGAUCGCGCCCUGCGCGCACCGUCCCGCCGCCCGACCAGCCGCUCCUGCUCCUUUCUGCCGGGGAGCUGGCGCGGCGCAUUCGCCGCAGGGAGUUGAAGUCUGUCGAUCUUCUUGAAGCAUACAUUGAGAGGAUCAAACAGGUGAAUCCACUCAUCAAUGCUAUUGUUAAGGACAGGUUUGAGGCUGCCUUGCAGGAGGCACAGUUGGUUGAUCAGCUGCUCUCUGAGGGACAUGAAGAUGAAGAAUCACUCCGGAAAAAUUUCCCCUUGCUGGGCAUUCCUGUCAGUGUCAAAGAAGCCUUUGCAUUAUAUGGGAUGCCCAAUUCCUCUGGAUUGGUCAACCGCCGCAACGUGAUCUCCACUACGGAUGCGAUUGUGGUGUCCCGGUUGAAGCAAGCAGGCGCGAUUCCCCUGGGGGUGACCAACUGCAGCGAGCUGUGUAUGUGGUUUGAGUCGAGCAACGUCGUCUACGGCCGAUCUAACAACCCCUACAACCUUGACUGCAUUGUAGGAGGCAGCUCAGGAGGUGAAGGUUGUGUCGUAGCAGCUGCUGGCUCUGUGAUUGGCAUCGGCUCAGACAUCGGGGGCAGCAUCCGUAUGCCCGCCUUCUUCAAUGGGAUCUUUGGACACAAGCCCAGCACAGGCGUAGUGCCCAAUGACGGCCAGUUUCCUGAUGCGGUUGGUCAUCGUACAAACUUCCUCUGCACUGGACCUAUGUGUCGUUAUGCCGAAGACUUAGAACUCAUGUUGAGAGUCAUGGCUGGACCAAGCAUUUCCAAACUGAAGCUGGAUGACCCGGUAUCUUUGCAAAAUUUAAAGUUCUAUUCCAUGGAACACGAUGGAGGGUCCAUUUUCCUCUUGCCGGUCGAUAAAGAAAUUCUUCAAGCUCAUCGGAAAGUGGUGUCACACCUAGAGACAGACCUGGGGGUUGAGGUGGAAAGUGUGGCUAUCCGGAAAAUGAAAUACUCCUUACAGAUCUGGUCAGCUAUGAUGUCUUUCAAGAGCAAUAAUAAGCAGGAAAAUCAAACCUUCAUUGAUCUGCUUGGAGACCACGGAAAACCAGUCUGGCCAUCAUGGGAACUGGUAAAAUGGAUGGUGAGACGGUCUUCUCACACUCUUCCAGCCAUUGCGCUAGGACUAGUAGAGAAGUUGACGAAAUACAACUCCAGGGCAAAUGCUAAGCUAGCAAGCAUGGCACAGAGCUUGCAAGCAGAGAUGGUGGAAUUAUUAGGAGAGAAUGGUGUCUUCUUGUACCCUUCACACCCUGUACUAGCUCCCAAGCAUCAUGCGCCUCUUGGCUCGCCUUUCAAUUUUGCCUACACUGCCAUCUUCAACAUUCUGGGCUUACCAGUGACACAGUGUCCUCUUGGCUUGAGCAAGGAUGGACUCCCUUUAGGCAUCCAGGUGGUGGCAGGACCCCAUAAUGACCACUUGACCUUGGCCGUAGCACAAUAUUUGGAGAAGGCGUUUGGUGGCUGGGUUCCUCCUGGCCAGUCCUAACACGAGUUUCCUGGGACCUGGAGACAAAAGAAGAAGAACAGUACCCCAUCUGUGAAAUCUAGGGCUAGGUGUCUGGGCCUGAGGUUUCCUUCCCUAGACAACCCAAGGGAAUAGACAUGGGGUCAUGAGCUUGUUCACCAGGCUAGAUCAUUCCUCCCACGCCAGCAAAGCCAAAGGGGUGAAGGAGUCAACUGGCUCUUCUCUUUGACUUCCUUGCUAGAUUUGGGGGAAGAAGCUGUCUCAGGGAAAGCAAGGCUGAGAGCAAAUGACGGGAUUGCGAGAUGCCCUUUUUGCUCUUUGUUCUGUCUAGUUUUAGACAAUAGUAGUGGUAGAAUAGGACUGGUGCCUUCUGAUGCUCUUAACUAUUUUUUUUUCUGCUUAGAAAUAAUUUUAGACCAAGAGAGAUCUUUUUUUUUUAAUUUUUAUUUUUAACCAACAAGACAAAACAGAAUAAAACAAAACAUAACACACAUA